AUGACCAAGAGUAUUUUAAUUCAACACCUCCGUACACAUGCCGGUGAGCAGCCGUACCUGUGCGAUGCAUGUGAGAAAGAAUUCGGUUGUUGUAGUGAUUUAAAUCUCCACAAGCGCAUACAUACGGGUGAGAAGCCAUACAUAUACGAUGAAUGUGAGAAAGGAUUCGGUACUUCAUGUAAUUUAAACAUACACAAGCGCAUACAUACCGGAGAAAAGCCGUACAUGUGCAAUACUUGUAAGAAAAGUUUCGCACAAGACGCAACUUUGAAGGGACACAAACGCACACAUAUGGGAUAG